AUGUUGAUGAAUAAAGAAUAUUUUGUGGUGGAGAAAGAGAAAGAGAAAGUGAAAAUGAAGAUACGAGAUGGUGGUAAAGAUUUGAUGAGGAGAAGUAGUAGACAUGGAGUUGGAUCUUGGAAUGAGACAUGUGAGAUUCAUUAUGAGAGUGAAGAAAUAUUUAAAAAUGAUAACCAAUGUGUGGAUGAAGAGUAA